AUGGAGGAGCCCGUCGAUCGAUGCUUGACGACAGCCGAGGCAAGGGUCCCCCGUCGCGGCCAAGACACGACGGCGGGAGGACACGACGGCGGGAGGACACGACACGAGCAACCGAAGACGCCGGAGGAAGAGGAGGAGAAGGAGGAAGAGGAGGAGAAGGAGGAAGAGGAGGAGAAGGAGGAAGAGGAGGAGAAGGAGGAGGAGGAGGAGGAGGAGGAGGAGGAGGACGACGACGAAGCAGACGACGACGACGUCGACGACGAGAACCGAAAGGAGACGAGUGGCCGGAGAAGACGCAUUCCAUUCGACUUCGUAGGUAGAUGGCAUCCAUCGCACAAGGUCCGUACACUCGUUUGUUGA